AUGUCUUCCACUACUGUCAGAAACUCUAACUGGAGAUUGGUUGAAGUUGGUCGUGUUGUUUUGGUCAAGAAGGGCCAAUCCGCUGGUAAGUUGGCCGCCAUCGUUGAAAUCAUCGACCAAAAGCAAGUUUUGAUUGACGGUCCAGAAACUGGUGUCCCAAGACAAUCCAUUAACUUGGGUCAAGUUGUCUUGACUCCAUUGACCUUCACUUUGCCAAGAGGUGCUAGAACUUCCAUUGUUUCCAAGAAGUGGGCUGCCGCUCAAGUUACUGAAUCCUGGAAGGCUUCCUCCUGGGCUAAGAAGAUUGCUCAACGUGAGAGACGUUCUGCUUUGUCCGACUUCGAAAGAUUCCAAGUUAUGGUUUUGAAGAAGCAAAAGAGAUACACUGUCAAGAAGGCUUUGGCUAAGGCUUAA